UCUCAAUAUCAAUAAUAUAUAAUAUAUACCAUUGUGUAAUACCCCUAAUUUUGGUUGGUGAAUAUUUUGGGGUGAGAAAAUGGGAUCAAAGAGGGAUUUGGGAGUGAGUAUUUUGAGUGGAUGGUUGAGUAGAAGAUCAAUGAAAGUGAAGAUUUUUUUGGGGAUAUUGCUUGCUUUUUGUGGUGUGGUGAUUCUAAGGUAUACUAUCACAGAUCCUCAUUUUUUCUACAUAGCCUCUGGAACUGUUCAUAUUGCUGGUCUUGUUGUUCUUGUAUACAAGCUCUUUGUUAAUAAGACAUGUUCUGGUUUAUCCCUCAAGUUCCAAGAGGUCAAUGCUUUAUUCCUAGCAACAAGAUUAGGCUGCAGCUUCUACAUGGAAGCAGACUACCGCACUGUGCUCGAUCUAUUGUACUUCUUGUUAACAUUAAUGGUUGUUUGGUUGAUGAGAUUCAGGCUCAAAUCAACCUAUAUCAAAGAGUUUGACACAAUGUGGAUAUCCUUUUUGGUGGUGCCUUCCGCAAUUCUAGCAGUACUAGUGAAUCCAUAUACACCUCAUGUAUGGAUUUCUCGAGUUGUUUUCGCGUUCACUAUGUAUGUCGAAACUGUUUCAGUUCUUCCUCAAAUUCGUUACAUGCAAAAUGCAAAGAUGGUUGAAACAUUCACGGGAUAUUAUGUAUUUGCUCUUGGUAUUUCAAGAUUCUUUGCACUAGCUUAUUGGAUUAUUCACGUUUAUGAAACUAGAGGUAGAUAUCUAUUUUUCUUUGGCUAUGGCUAUUUCUGGAUGGUGGUUCUUCAAGUAUUGGAGUUGGUUCAAUCUUUCAUCUUGGCAGAUUUUUGUUACUAUUACAUCAAGAGCGUCAUGCAAGGUCAACUUUUGAGGAAGAUGCCUGUUUAAUUUGUCUUUGAUUUAGUUAUAGAAUAUAUUGUUGAGCAAAGAGUUUGCAACAUGUAACUUAGUGUAUUCUAUUAUACUGUAUGGUGUUGCAAUGGAUUUUCCAAUAAAUGCACAAAUACUACAUUGCAUGAAUGAUGUGCAUAUUAUUUUUGAACCAA